AUGUCGCUUCUAGUACUAUAUUAUCUUCUGUUGCCCUUGCUGCUCUUGAUAGCUUCCACAGAGGCAUCGUUCCUCGAUCUCUAUCCGCCAUCUACACAGAAGGCAAAUCCCAGGAAAUCUAUAGAGACCCCCGACUUGGUUAAUUUGAUACGCUCAAGGACAGCGCAACAUGACAGCGCCUUUUCAAAUGCAAUACAACUCCUUGAAUCAAUGAAGUCAUCGCCGUCAUGCAGUAGAAUCGCUGCUAUGAAACUUCUCACAUCUUGCCAAAGCCUCAGUAGUGCUGAAAGCUCAGGUGGAGCCGAAAUUGUACACACCCUGGACCAAGUAAAGUCUAUAUAUGCUGCAAGACUAGCCCUGUGCGAACUUUCAGGAGCUGGAGCUACAAUCCCGGUGUCAUGCUCAUCGAUCCGAAUCGCCUCUGACCGAAUACACAACGAUUCUACAAUUGACUUGAUAGAUAUUGCCGACGAUUUUGCAGCGCCUAUUGUGGAAGGAUGUCUUCGAGGGUUGGAGUCAAGACCUCAAUGGUGGACGAGUUACAGCAAUAGCAGACAAAAUGCGAUUGUCAUUUGUCAGGCAGCGCGCAUUGAAAUCGAAAAGGAGGAAAUUUUGAAUCUACACCAGUCACUUGCCAAAAAUGCAGAAAAUCUCAACUUGGCUUUACAGUCAGCGCUACAUGAUGCAGCUGCCGAGAAUGUUCAACAAAAGGCAUUUAUGGAAGAAGUACACAAGCUGAGGAAUCAGCUUACAGCCGAGCUCCAAAAAGACAGCAAUCGAGCAAGGAGGCUCUUUACUGGGCUUCUCCAGGAUUUCGAAGGCAUUGUGAGCACUAGUGUCUCAAAAGUUCUUUCACUUUUGAAAGAUGUGGAAGAAGACUCUUCUAUACUGACUCAGGGCAUGCAUAUCUCUAUCACGGAUAUUGCGCAAUUACGACGUCAAAUAAAUGAGAUAUUUAACGAACUAGAACGCCGAAAUUCUGAAUUCAAAGACCUGCAAGGUCAAGAUAUGAGGAACAUGGAGUCUAACCAUGAGCGGACACUGCUCAUGCAAGCGUCCUUGAACAAUAUGCAGGAGAGAGUUGCCGGGGUGGAUGGAGCGUUGGAAUGGUUGGUUGAACGUUUUGCAGCAAUCCACCAACAAGAGACUCUUAUACUAGAGAGACUGCAAACUUUCGAAACCCACUUGGAAAAGUCUGAGGCGCGUGCGGCAAGACUUCUUGAAACACAAACAUAUCAUGCCAAGGCCAUCGAGACACAAGCUCAGGCUCAAGAAGCUCUAGGUGCCCACACAAAAGUUGUAUUCGCCUUGCUUGAGAAGCUCACAGCUCGCGCAGCCAACCUCGAAUCCAUGCUAGAGGAAACGGGGGCUAAAUUCAAAGGUCUUCAAGCGCUCGAUGGUUUGUUUGGCUUGAAUAUAUCACUCUGGACCGUUCUCUCGUUACUUGUCACCCUGCUCGCCGUUCAGAACCCCAAAAUGGCAGGCAUAAUAUCCGUCUUUGCCGGGUUCGCCCUGGUCUCGAGAGCUAUUUCAUAUAUUACCCCUUUUCAUUUCUCAACAGUGAUGAAUCGUAUCUGA